AAAUUUAUUUCAACUUGCAAUUGAUGGUCCCGCUGCGUCUGGAAAAAGUUCAACUGCUAGAAUGGCGGCCCAACGAUUAAAUUUUGAAUAUAUAGAUUCAGGGGCCAUGUAUCGAGCGGUAAUGGAUUUUGUUUGUUUAUUUUUCUUUAUUUCUCUCUUUGAUUUGCAUACUACUUCCUCUCUUCAAUUGUCUUUCAUUUUCUCUUUCGUUGGUGCCCAGGUGACGCUAGCAGCACUUCGUCAAAACUUAUCACCAACCUCACUUGAAGAUGUUUCAAAAAUAGCGCAAUUAGCUGCUACUUCUCAUAUUCAUCUUCAUACAACGUCUGAGCCACCUCCCUUACCACUCACUCAUUCUAUGCCUUCCUCUUCAUCAUUACCGCAAACAUUAGUUUACCUAAAUGGAGAAGACGUAACAGAUGAAAUUAGAUCACUGGAGGUAACGAACAACGUAUCUGGCAUAGCAUCAAAUCCGGAUGUUCGGAAUGUGUUAGUAGAGAAGCAACGCGCUUUAGCUAGUGGAAUAUACGACGAAGCUCACACCACUUCAUCUAUUACACCUUUAAUAAGGAAAUCGCCGAAAGGAACUGUAAUGGAUGGUAGGGAUGUUGGCACCGUAAUUCUUCCAAAUGCCGACCUAAAGAUUUUUGUAACAGCCUCAGCAAAAGUUCGUGCAACUCGUCGCUUUAAAGAACUUCAACAGCAAUCUUAUUCCAAGAGAAUUUCGCAAAUAAUAGAUUUUAAUAAAGUAUUAGAAGAUUUGGAAAAAAGAGAUAAGAGUGAUUAUGAAAGAAAAAUAUCUCCUUUAAAAAAAGCCGAUGACGCUAUAUUCUUAGAUUCUAGUGAUAUGAGUGUUACGGAACAAGUUGAUAAGAUUGUUGAAUUAGUUCUAAAAAGGGCUAAAGAAAAGAAUAUUGAUAUUGAUUUGUAA